CAAUUGCAAUGUCAAGUAAAGAGACCAAGCUCACAUUUGAGAAUGAUUCCCCUACCAAAUCAAAGGCUAGCAAGAAAGGAUCCACUCACAGUAAAAUUAAGAUUGAGAACCAGGAAUUCAAACGGAUGGCUUACAAAACCUUUAGUCCAGAAGUAGUAAUAAGGAAAUCUUCGAAGAGAGGGCAUAAAUUAUGGUCGCCAAACCUAUCAAGGUCGAAUAAGUUCUCCUCGGUGCUGAAGAGCAGAGAGAAAUCUAUCCCGAAUCUGGACAUAAUAGAUUCAAUUUAUGAAAGCAGACAAUCAAGAAGAAUGCCUAGUAUUCCAGAUAAGUUAUUUGUGAAUCAGGCUUUGCAGACGGUAGUCUCUCGGAACAAGAUCAACUCUUCUGCUUAUAGCAAGACUGUUAAGAAGAAAUUAGAGAAGAAUCGAAGUAAGAAAGCAAUAGAAAUAUCACACUGCUUAUACCCUACUAAUGUGGAGAUGAAAAACAUCGAAGAGCGAGAAGAUAGCGAAAGCUGAAGUCCAGGCAAACCCAAUAAAUACAGAAGUAGUCCAACCGGAGUAAAAUCCUGGAAAAAAGAUCUACUUAAUCUUAAAUAAAGAUCAAUUUUACAAGACAAAGCAAUCUGUCAUCCAUAAUGGCGUGGAGAGUUUCAUGUUGAGCACCUUCCACAACAACUCUAAGAACCACAGGUCUAGGUUUCCAUUUCAAAAAUUCAGGGACGAGAAGGAAGGUAAAGCUGAAUUUACUGCAAGGAACCAUUCAAAACUAAAGUAUCAAACUUCAGCCCCUUUCCUCGGUCUUGCAGAGUGUCAUUCCUCAUCUCCGUACAAGAAACAUUUUAUGUAUGGCUCGAUGAAAGAUAUCAAAGAAGGCAGAACUUUAAAUUUGAAAAAUACUAGCCAAAUCAUCACUCAAUUUUCCAAUGUCAUUAGCGAUUCUAGUAGUGAGGAGAGGAAAAUUGAACCGAAUAACAAACAUCAAGAGCUAAUAAAUCUUGCAGAGAAGAGACUCCAAAAACAGCCCCUGUCUUUGCCAGCAUUAGCUAAGGCCAAAAUGAAGGAAGCAAAGUACCAAAGAGAAUUCACGCAGCAAAGGCAUAAGGAGAAAAUAAUCAAGACUUCUAAAAUACUUGAAUCGAUUAGCUCUGUGCAUGAGAGAAUAAAAAGUAACCAAAAGAAGAUCAAGAAUAAGCUCCUGAGGCCACCUCAGCCUAAGUUUAUCUAUUAUGAUGAGAAGAAAAAUCGUGAUAAAUUGUUCUAGCCCACUGGGGCUAGAUGGAUAGCUUGACUCUGAGCUACCAGAAGUGAUUCGGUCAAGAAAUAAUUGUGCCAAAAUUCAAUUAU